AUGUUUGCGUGUUUGCCCGCAGUUUGGUCUUGGAAAGCAGGAUUCGGUCAGCUCUGCAGCUCAGUUUCGAACCAACACCAAGGCUUUGAAUGGCCUUGUUAUCCUGGGUGUCAAAGACUCUCUAUCCCAGAUCUUUUGAGCAGUGAACGCGAGAUUACGCAAACAUAUCUCUGCAGCCAAAGCAGCGUGGCUACUCCCGGUAAGCAGACCAGCUUGGACAAGCUUCACGUUGUUCCUGGCCACGGCCGUAUCACUUCCGUUCAAGCUUUGGGCUCUUUCUCCAGACGACGAACGUGGUUUCACAAAGAGCACAAGACAGAAAUCAACACCGAGACCACAGUCAUCAUGGCCUGGAUUUUCGCUUCUCAGACGACGUUGAGUCUUGAAAACUACUGGAUCAGACUUCUCUCUCCAAUCCUCAUCUACCUGGUCGCCAAGUACAUAUGGCGGGCCUUUCUCUGUCCUCUUGCCAACUUCCCUGGGCCACGAAUGGCUGGCAUCACCAAGCUUUACGAGGCUUACCAUGUCCUGAUCAAGAAUGACUGGCUCGAAAAUCUUAUCUCACUGCAUGUACAAUAUGGACCCGUCGUCAGGAUCGGGCCCAACGAGCUUCACUUUAUCGAUCACAAGUUCAGCUUGGAGCACCACAAACGCCCGGAUCUCCUGAAGUGCGACAACUACUACGGCAUUCUCAACAAGCUUCUUGGAGGUCUGGUCAGCCCUAGUGACCAUUCAAAGAGGGCAGCGUCCAUGCGCCCUAUUUUCUCUGGGCAGACUUUCGCCGAAUUUGCCCCAACAAUGGACAAGCACAUCGAAUCCCUGCACUCGCGCCUCACGGAUGCCGCGGCGGACACCGAGGCCGUCAACCUGACUCACUUCCUCUGGGCUUACACCAACGAUGUCAUGCUCUCGUACGUCACCGAACAGGACAAUGGAUGGCUGAAGAACUAUGAUUUGGGAGCCGUCCACGACACCACGCGCGCCUUCAGUGCCAUCGACCUCGCCACGAUUUUCCGGUGCAUGCCGCCCCUCAAGAUGAUGCUCGAUGUCUUUCCUGCUAUUCGGUCCUACUCGCCUCUCGGCUGGCUUGAUGAACUGGUUGCUUCGCACCUCCGACCAAUCGUCAAGUCUUGGGAUGGCGAGAACAGUCAUCAGGGUAUCCUUUCGCGGAUUUUCAGCGAGAUUGGAAACGAGACUUGCGCCGUACAAGAGUCGUCACAGGCCAUCUUCAUCGGCAAUGAGUCGCUCCUGAGUAAUUUGACAUUCGUGGUUCAUCAUCUGGUCAAGAAUCCGGAAUGCGUAAAGAAGAUCCGGGCCGAACUAGAUACCCUGGACAUCGGAACGUACGGCCAUCGUGUGUGGAGAGACCAGAAGAUUUCCGGCCUGAAAUACCUUGACGCAGUAUGCAAAGAGUCGACUAGGUUGAGCUCUCCAGGCUGGCAUCGGCAACCGAGACAGAGCCAAACACCCGUAGACUAUCACGGCACAAUAAUUCCUGCAAUGACCAGCCUCAGUUUUACUCUGCACUUGCUCGAGCACGACCCCGAGCUCUUCCCCGAGCCGGACACCUUCAAGCCCGAGCGGUGGCUCGGGUAUAGCGAGGAGUCCAAAGCAGCCCGCAGUCAUUCCGUCACGUUUGGAACCGGCACCAGGACAUGUCUGGGGCAGCACAUCGCGAACAAGGUCCUGCGUAAGACGGUCGCUUUCCUUGUUUACAACUUCAAUAUCACGUUAUGGAAUGAGAAGCUCGAUAGAACUGAAGGAUACAGGUACUUGAGUACAUACCCCAAGAAGGGCCACGAGGGUUACAUGAGGGUUCGUUUGAAUCCGCGGUUCAGUUGCGAUUCAUAG